AUGCAGUUGGAUUCACUGAACUUGAUUGCCCCCCUCCCUACCCGACCCCCACCGCACCAACACCGCGGCAGCGAGCCCCUUUCGCCCGCUUCCCACUCCACGCCCCCUUCCCCCCUCCCAGAUCUCGCCACCACACGGCCGCGCGCACCGGAGAAACGUAGCGAGACGUCUGCGAGAGGUAAAACAGCAAAAGGGAAGAGGCCACCGCAGCUCGCGUACCGGCGGUUGGUGGGUGGCGGCGUCCGUCACGCGUCGGCGUAUCAGGUGAUGGACGCUGGCGGCGGCGGCUUAGGCGGCUUCCAGUGGACCGCGGAGGAGGCUUCGACGAUCGGGGGCAUCGCGACGGUGUCGCUGCUGCACUCCUUCAUCCCCACGCACUGGCUCCCCUUCUCCAUCGUCGGGCGCGCCCAGCGCUGGCCGCUCUCCCGCACCCUCCUCGUCACUGCAUUUGGAGCAGUCCUUCAUGUUGUAUCGACCGCUCUUCUCGGGAUAACUGCAGUUACUAUGGCAAAUACUAUAGCAGGCGAGGAAACAGUGCAUAAACUUGCCUCGCUGUUGCUAAUAUUUCUUGGAGCAGGUUACAUUCUGUUGUUUGCUUUGGGAAAAGGUGGUCAUAGCCAUGCUCAUAAUCAUCCAAUGGAGAAGAUGGCAGUCGCUGGUCUUGUACUUGUACCAGCAUUAUCACCCUGUGCAACUACUCUUCCAGUGUUUCUUGCUGUUGGCAACUCAUCCUCGAUGAUGAUUCUUGCGAUCAUUGUGCUUCUCUUCAGUACCAUCACGGUGAUGACGUCCCUGGUGGCUCUCUCAUUUUAUGGUGCUAGCCAGAUCAAGUUUCACUGGGUGGAACGCUAUGACAAGGUCCUAGUUGGCUCAGUGCUGUGCCUUGUUGGGGUUCUGACAUAUGUGUUCCAUCACCAUGAUGGUGACGAGCAUUCUCUCCAUGCACACGUGCACAGGAAACUUGUGGGUCCUUAGAUGAAUCUACAAAGUUACUCCCAAAGUUCACUGUGAAACACAUUCUGUUGUCCUCUAACCUUUGUACGUUAUGCUGUAUAAGAUCUGAUUAUCAAUUUAUCUGUUGGGAAUCUACCCGCCUAUGGGUUUCCUAGGAGUACAGACAGACCAGGUGAAUACCUACUGGGAAAUUGUUUGUACCAUGGAUCUUUGUUUGCGCUGAUGCAGUUUAACGGGAAUAGUGGGCUUUCAACUUGA